AUGCCCCCUCCACCUCCGCCUACUGAAGAAAGAAAGCCUGCAGAUGGCAGAGUAGAAGACCCAUUGCCGUCAGAGCCUGGUGAGGCAAUUGCGAUGACACCUCCCACGCCUCCUCUUAAGCCGUCCGCCGAAAACCCAAGCCAGUCCGACGUGCCCCCAAAGGCGAAGCAACCGAAAGUUGAAGAUAAUAUAGCGAGGGUGCCUGCCGAGGACCUGCCUUCACAUCACGCUGAACAGCGAUGGAACUUUGAGAAACGCAUAUCUGAGUUUAUGGACGAGCUGUUACCGAGACUUGCGGUGGUGACCCAGAAAGUGAAUACAUAUACGGGGACAGACUACUCCAGCAUCGCGGCCCUGAAGAGGGAAAUCAAGGAUCAAGAAAAUCUCGUGAAAGCUCGGCGACAGGCUAUCGAAGAAGCGAAACAGGCACUGGACGCAGCUCACGCCCAGCAAGCAGCAUCGCAAAAAGAGGUUGUUGCCCUGUUGGAGCGGAAACACUCAUGGUCGGCAACGGACCUCGAGCGGUACAUGGCCUUGAUCCGGUCAGAGCAUGUCAAUGAUCAAGCCAUCCGUGAAGCGAAGGAGGCCGUGGCAUCGGCUGAGAAUGCCCUCGAGGAAGCGCGAUCACAGCUGGAAAAGCGAGAGCGGGCACAGUACCACGAGGAGCAGAUCUGGAGUGACACGAUUCGGCGGAACAGCACCUGGGUUACCUUUGGUCUCAUGGGGCUCAACAUUGUCCUGCUCUUGGCGUCGUUGAUUGUCAUUGAGCCCUGGAGGAGGAGAAGAAUGGUCAGGGAAAUCAAAGCUGCGUUAGAGGAGGCCCAAAAGCCAGUCAUUACUGCCGCGCCGGCAGUCCUCCCGACCACGGCAGCAAUUGAAGCAGACAUCGACAAGGCUGUAGAGCCCGUAGGACCUCUGGCAGAGGAGGGAGAAGCCCAGCCUACUCCGCCCGGGUCCGUUGUUACCAAUGAGGUUCUUCCGUCAGCGGUCGAAAUCUCAGAAACUACGCCAAACGAAGCAGAGGCCUUCCUUGCACCCAACCCAGUCAUUGAACCCCCAACUCCGCCUGCAGUCGAUAUAGUCGAAGAGGCGGUGUCCUCUGACGUACCUGCCGAAACCGCCCAAAGCAAGCCCAAUCUGCAGAAGAUCACCGCGAGACUUGAAGCCCUCGUGAGCGAGGAACCGAUUUCCGUCCGGAAGAAAGACCUAACCGCCGCAAUCUGCGUCAGUGCCGCCGCCGGAUAUGUCUGCGCAAUGGUUGUGUUCUGGUUCAGUAGCAGGUAA